GAAUGGGCGCAGUGCUUCUUUCUCGACUAUCAUGUGUUUUCUCUUCUAUUUAAAUAUUCCAACGAGGCGAAUGUGAAACAGCGGACGCGCGGGUUCGAAUGGGAGCGUGCUUUUUUGUUUGUUGUUGUGUUUAUUUAACGGAGGACAACCUCGACUAAUUGGAGGAUCUCCCUCAGGGGACGCGCUCCUGAAAUUGACACACAUUGGCCAUCACUUGCACUGCGGAAGCACUCCGGUGUGAAGUGAACUAAAGACAGUCCCCUCCCACUGACUCACGGUCAAACACACCUAUGAGAGAGAGUCACACAAACAACACCUUCUUUUCACCCUGGACUUUUGGGUACUCGCACAAACGAAGACUCCUCCAUGCACAGAUAUAGACAGACACUCACAAAGAUGAUGAAGGAAUCCUGGAGGUGCUUGCUGGGCCUGUGCCUCCUGCUCUGCUCAUUUUCUACCCAAAGUGCCUCCAAUCCCUUCGCAGGGCAGCAGACACCUGCAGACCCUUGCUAUGAUGACACGGGUGCGGCUCGCCGCUGUAUCCCCGAGUUUAUCAACGCUGCCUUUGGCAAAGAGGUGACGGUGUCCAGUGUUUGCGGGCAACCUCCAUCUCGUUCCUGCAGCGUGGUGGAGCGGGGCGACGACCGGCCUUCGGUGCGCACGUGUCAAAUCUGUGAUGCAGCUGACCCUCGGCGUGCCCACCCGGUUUCCUACCUCACUGACCUCAACUCAGCCCACAACCUCACCUGUUGGCAGUCAGAAAAUCUGAACACCUCACCGUACAAUGUGACUUUGACACUGUCCUUGGGUAAAAAGUUUGAGAUCACUUAUGUCAGCCUGCAGUUCUGUUCGCCAAGACCUGAGUCCCUGGCCAUAUACAAGAGCAUGGACUAUGGCAAAACCUGGAUGCCGUACCAGUUUUACUCGUCACAGUGCCGGCGCAUGUACAAUCGCCCCAACAAAGCAACAAUUACUAAACAGAAUGAGCAGGAGGCUCUGUGCACGGAUGGCCACACUGACCUCUACCCACUGUCUGGAGGACUGAUCGCGUUCAGCACUCUGGAUGGACGGCCUUCUGGUAAAGACUACGACAACAGCCCGGUCCUUCAAGACUGGGUGACGGUCACCGAUAUCCGUGUAGUGUUCAACCGGCCUCAGCCGCCGCGGGACGUAGGGGCUGGGAGCAACGGCGGAGGAAGAGACGACGACCCCAUGGCGGUUCCAUCCACGCUGCCGUCGUAUUUCUAUGCAGUGGGAGACUUCCAGGUCGGUGGGAGGUGUAAAUGCAACGGACAUGCGUCCCGCUGUUUAAAAGAGAAGGAAGGGAGACUGGUGUGUGACUGCAAACACAACACAGAAGGACCUGAAUGUGACCGCUGCAAACCCUUCCACUACGACCGACCGUGGCAGAGGGCCAACGCCCGCGAGGCCAAUGAGUGUUUGCCGUGCAACUGUAACCUUCAUGCCCGUCGCUGUCGAUUCAACAUGGAAUUGUACAAGCUGUCGGGGAGGAAGAGCGGAGGCGUGUGUAUGAACUGCCGCCACAACACCGCAGGACGCCACUGCCACUACUGCAAGGAGGGCUUUUACAGGGACAUGGCCAGACCCAUCACUCACCGACGAGCCUGCAAGGCCUGUGACUGUCACCCUGUGGGCGCAGCCGGCAAGACAUGCAAUCAGACCACAGGCCAGUGCCCCUGCAAGGACGGUGUCACUGGCAUCACCUGCAACCGCUGUGCCAAGGGCUACCAGCAGAGCCGGUCACCCGUGGCCCCCUGCAUCAAAAUCCCAGUGGUCAACCCCACACAAGUGGUGAGCAGCACAGAAGAGCCAGCAGAUUGUGAAUCCUAUUGUAAACCAGUGAAGGGCAACCUGAAGAUCAACAUGAAGAAAUAUUGCAAAAAGGAUUAUGCGGUCCAAGUGAAUGUGCUUGACAUGGAGACAGUGGGAGACUGGGCCAAGUUCUCGGUGAGCGUGGCGUCUGUGUACAAGAGCCGCGGCGAGCCUUUGAAACGAGGCGACAACAUCCUGUGGGUUCACAUGAAGGACCUCGCCUGCAAAUGUCCCAAGAUCCAGAUGAGCAAGCGAUUCUUGGUGAUGGGUGGCAGCGACGGUGGAACAGCCAAGGUGACGGGUCCAGGUGUCGGUCCCGGGAGUGGGACCACCACUCCAGGGACAGAGCAUGUGGGCCUGGUGGCUGAUAAGAACAGCCUGGUCAUCCAGUGGAGGGAUGUGUGGACAAGACGUCUGAGGAAGUUUCAGCGCAAAGAGAAGAAGGGGAAGUGCAGCAAAGCAUGAUGGGAAAGCAGCGUCCAUCCCUACCUCUCCCCCAUCAACCACCUUCAUGAACCCUGAUCCACUAAUCCCACCACCUUCUCUAAAUCCCUUCUCCUCCCCGAUCAGUGGAACACUGCAACUUACAAAGACUGUUUGUGCCCCGUCCUUUUUCAGGACCUCAUCUUGUGUAUAGUGUAUAAUUAUUUUACUUUGUAUUUUGAAACUCUCAUGUCUUUGUGUCCGUUGGUUUGCCUUGAAAAGGGACCGUUAAAAAGGGUAUGAAGUGGACACAGAAUCAGAUGCCAUGAUGACAGCAGCAGUCAUGCCCGCUCACCUCCGACAGUGACGUCCAGCCUGAACUCGGAUGAGUACGACAUGCUGCACGUCUGACACGUCUUCCGCGGUUUGCUGUCAAAGGUUGAAUGACUGAAACAAUGGGCCGACGUGCUCCAGGUCUCUGCUGUAACUUCUACUGACUCUAACAACAAAAGACUCUCGUCCUAUGAGGAACCGUGCCGAUGCUCGGUCUCCUCACCACUGCUGCUGCCACUGGACAGCCUCAUACAGGCUCUCACGUCAAGUAUUUGAUGCCGUCAUGCAUAAUUAUCAUUUCUUUUAUCACUCUUUAUACAGUUAGGUACGUACAUAUUUGGAUAAAGACACACAUUCAGUGGAUUUAGAAUGAAACAAUCAAGAUGUGAUUCAAGCGUGGCCUCUACUUAAAACUAAACUAAACUUAACUAAAUAAAAGACUUGUUUUAAUACUUGAUGACUGCCUGAAAUGUGGAACCUUUGCUGAGUUUCCUCCGUGGAUAUGCUUUGCCAGGCUUUUACUGCGGCCUCCAGCCUUCAGUUGUUGCCUGUUUGCAGGUCUUUCUGCCUUCACUUGAAAAGUCUGCUUUAUUGAGUUGAGAUCAGGUGACUGACUUGGCCACUGAAGAACAUUCCACUUCAUUCCCUUCAAAAGCUCUCGUGUUGCUUUUGCAGUAGGUUUUUGCGUCGUUAUCCGUCUGUAAUUUGAAGUCAGUUUGACAGGAUUAUAAUCUUGUGCACUUCAGACGUCAUCCAUAUAGUUGCCUGAUGACGUGGUAUGCUCUGGAUCAUGAGCUGUUGCUUUCCUUCUCCACUCUUUUCUUUUAUCGUUCUGGUACAAGUUCAUCUUUGUUUCAUCUGACCACAGAAUCGUUUUUUUUUUCUUUUUCUUUUAGAUAUUUUCGAGCCAGUUCUAACGUAGCCUUACUGUUGUUGUGUGUUCUCAGUGGAAGGCCAGAUUAUGGUCUUCUUCACUCACACCGACAACUCUUUGGAUCUCAAGUUAAAGCCACCAAACGCAUAUGCUUUUUAGUCCAGUCAGUUAUUUCCGAGCCCCUAAUAAAUGGACAAUAAAAAAGUAAACAUCUUUAUGUUCAAUCCCUCAAAUUAAAGCUGAGAGUCCACACUUGAAUCACAUCUUCAUUGCUUCAUUUCAAAGUCAUUGCGGUGGUGUUCAUGUGUCUCCGUGUGUGCAGGUAUGUACCUAUUUUGUUAUUUCAUCAACGCAGAUGAAACCCGGAUCUUUCAUUUGAAUCAGAACACAAAGGAAAGGAAGCUUGUGUGAGCCACAUUCCAGGCUGGUCUAAAGUCCUGCAUCCCCGUCGUGAUUCAUUGCUUGUCACUUCUUCUGGAAGAACGAUGAAGUGGUGUGGACAAAUGGCUGGGAUUUCAGAACAGUGUUUCCAGGGAGACUGUUUUUGCUUCAUGGGAAAUGUCUUUGGCUGUGCAGUGUCCUUCCAGAUGUUGUCGUGUGACCACUGUCUUUUCUUUCUUUUUUCUUUUUAUAAACUGUCUUGGACUAUUUUAAUGUGUCUCGUGACUGGCAGACUUUUUGUUUGCCAAAAUAAGAGAUUGAAAAAGAUUUACCUUUAAUGCAGUAAAAUGAAAACACAGUAACAUAAACAACAUGGACAUGUUUUUAGUACAUUUCGACAAAAUGAAUGAGUCCGGGACAUUUUCCGUGCUUACUGAUUGUAUAUUGACAAAAAAAGGAUCGUAUUUCCUUCCUCGUGUGCUUUGCUAUGUUUGCGUGUUUGUGGUUUUUGCUGGUCUAUCAAAACAUUGCAGUGAGUAGAGAAAGAGUAGAGAAACCCAACAUGAGCAUGAAAACCCAAAGAAAAGCAUCUUUGGUCAUCUUCCCCAACUUGCUUACCUGAAUUCUUAAAUCUCAUCACCCUGUACCAAAUAAGUAUUGUCCAUUUUUAAAUUCCCUGCAGAGAUAAUGAAAGGUCAGACCUGUCUGGUUGUUCUCAAACUGUUUAUCUACCUGUGAAGUAUAUUUUAAUUUAUUUAAAUAGAGAACAGGAUAAACACACCGUGCUGAGGGGCUGGUGUGUCCUGCCGGCUUGUGGUUCUGCUCCUUUGAGUGCGGUGGUCUGUCUGCUGCUCUGCUCAUUCCCUUGGAGUCCGUGGUGGCCAAAUCCCCUUAACGGUGUAAUACAGUAUACAGCGCUGCACUGUACAUCUGAUGUGAAUGCAUGUCAAACUGUGAAGAACACACUCACACAAGUGUCGAGUCGGAUUGUGAACACCCUCACAGACGAUGCUGUAUUUUUACGUACCCCAAAACGAUCAUGUAACCCUGUGUGACUUCUCUCCCCGCACCCCGUCAUUCCUGGUGACGGCCUUAAAUGGAAUUACACACAAAGCGUUUGAAGUGUUUACGGCGUCGUGCCCAGGACACAGUUCUCGCCACUGGGACUGAACAAAAAUCCUCCAAAAUGGUAUUGUCCUUGAUUUUUUUUAACUUCCUAUUUGCUGUUUGUUUUAAAGUGCGCACCACGGACGGUGGAAUAAAGAUAAGACGUAGGAGAAUGCCAGAUGUUAGGGGGAUGGUUGCGAUGCCUUGUGAAAGCUAUUUAGUGAGCCUUGUAGGUACAGCUGUCUUGUUGCUUUACAUUAACAAGCUUAGCGGCAUGGUAGUGGACCCCCCCUUUGCAGCAAUCAUGGCAUUAACAGCUGUGUUCUUGAAUGUGUGUCUAAUUACCUAUACCCAAACAAAUGAUACGCAAGUAUGGAGGGUAAAGAGUGCUCUCCUCCUCGGCCUGUGUUUUAAGAGUAAUAAUAAUAAUCAAAUCAAUUUGGAUUCCCCCGGUUUUUGUGUCACUUACAUUUCCACAUUUGCCUUGUUUAGGUCUUGACGUGUUGUAAAUAUGUACUGAGCUGCCGCUGCCUUCUGUGUUGUCGUUUUUUUGUAAAUGGUCUCUUUGAUGGAUGAACAAACCAGAUGAUGUGAUAUGGAUGUAGAAAGCAGGAACAUGUGCUUCUGUGAGCGUCAGAUGUGGUUCAGAUAUUACUGAGAAUGUAUUCCUCUUGGCUGGAUGUUGUUUCCAGACAACAUCUGCCAAAAUGAUGAUUUUGGGGAAAAAAAAAAAAAAAGUGACAUGGGCUGAUGGAACCCUCUUAUUUUCCCAUAGAGGUACAACAGGACCUAUUACAACCAACCACCACUUUGUUUUAUUAUUGCCCUUAGACAAAAACUACCUUCAUUUGAGAACAAAGAGAUCCCUAAUGUCAGCCCUUAUCUUCACUUUGUUUUUGAAUCACAGUCUUCCUUGUACAUGUUCUCUGAGGCAAUGAACCACUGACGUUUUAUUCUCAAUGGUAAAAAAAUAAAUAAAUUAUAAGUUAA